AUGCGCGUCGACGCGCGCGAAUGCGCGUCUCUGUGUAUCGCGUCGUACUUCGCCGUCGUUCUUCUCGUCUCGGCGCGCUCGAGACGCGCGUUUUUGGGUAAAUUCGGUCGUCGACACAGAAUUUCGGGAAGCCUGCACCUCGGCGUGCUCACGUUAUAUUGCGCGCACGUCGUCGCGCAUCGAAAGACGAACCUCGACGCGGCGACGAUGGACGCGAUGUUGUUCGUCAGUGGGCUCGUGCUGACGCUGACGGCGCAUUGGGACUUUGCAAAGGCGCACGAGCACGCGGAGCGGCGACAGCUCGGCGUGCGGAGCGGCGUGCUGCACGCGAAGACGGCGGUGACGGGGGCGGAGAUGCUCGAGCACGCGUUUUACCACGUGGUGAAUGGAUUUCAGAUUGCGUACGUGCACUGCGUCGCUCAGCCGUGGUUCGUGAGAAGUUCGGCGGAGACGCGCGCGACGGCGUGCUUGCUGGCGACUUCGGCGUGGACGGCGCGCAGUCGUUUUCCGAUCAAUUCGUUCUCUAACAAUUAUCGGGACGGGAUGCGAGAUUUCGAGAGCUGCAUGUAUCGCGUGAAGAAGUGGCAGUAUGUGCUGUAUAAGACGGUGCUUUUGCACGGAUUAAACGUCAGUCUGGCGAUGCGUCCGGUGGAUUUGAUCAGCCUGUUUGAGUGGCGCGCGUUUUGGUUCUUGCUCAAUGCGGCGUACGUGCUCGAAUUCUUCCUGCAAACGCUCGUCAAACGUAAGUAUUUGCGACAACGGACGAUGCUGGUGCUCAAUCAGGCGUUGAUGUUGAUCUCGACGUCGGCGGUGGUUCCCGUGUUGCGAACGGCGGUGGAACCGCACGCUGCGGCGAUGAUGUUCGUCUUGAAUUUUCUCAAUCGAAAGCGCGAAAUGGAAAACGUCGUCGUCGGAUUGGUAGCGGCUGCGAUUUGGGCGGACUCUAGAAAGUAG